AUCCUAAUUGUCCCUGAUGACUACAACAGAUUGUAAAAUGCCAGUGGGAUAAUUGCGAAAUGUUCGAAAGUGUAUAAAUAGACGAAAUUCUCUUACACUGACACUCUGUUCCCCGCUGUGCAAGGAAAGAGAGAAUGGCCAGGUGUAUCUACCCAUUGGUCAUUUUAGCAGCCUGUAUUGGUCUCGCGUUCUGUGACGUUUUGGGAGAGAUCCAAGAAUUAAAGAAAGGACAGAAGGAAAUGAAAAAUAUUUUAAGGGAAAUUCAGGGCGGACAAAUUGAAGCAAAGAAUAUGUUUAAAGAAAUCCUCUCUAAAUUGUCCGACCAUAGCAAACAUUUAACGUCAUCUCCUCCUGAAGAAGGGUCCAGGUUGCCAAAGAUCCAAGAAUUAAAGAAAGGACAGAAGGAAAUGAAAAAUGUGUUAAGGGAAAUUCAGGACGGACAAAUUGACGUAAAAAAUAUGUAUAAAGAAAUUCUAUCUAAAUUGUCCUACAAUAACCAAACUUUAACUUCAUCUUCUCCAGAGGAAGGGUCCAGGUUCGCAUCGAAAUGGUACGAGCCUGGAGGUUACAUUGUAUCCCUCAGUAAAACAACUUCCGGUGAUGACGUAAAACUUGAGCUGGAAAUGUCGUUGGCGCCAUCUACCGUAGUUACCUGGGGAGUAAAUGAUGGUCUAGUAGAAGCCAACGCCAGCACCUUUGGCACCUCAAGCAAACGAUUAAAGAAAACUACCCUGUACACAAUACAUGUAAAGGCACCAGUGGAAUCUUUAUAUUUCGUAACGUUCAGCGUGGACGAUGUUAUAACAAAUUAUAAACUGAAUGUCACUGCGGAGGAUGGAACAACACGUUAUACCAAUCCCACGAUUUGUCAGCCAGCCUUCACUCAACUUUCUGACAAUUCUUAUGAAGCUAUUUACCGUUGCAAGUCAGAGUUAGAUUCUAGAGAUUCAUGGUAUAUGGACGUUGGUCUCUAUAGAGGCUCUGAUUCGGAAGGCGAUAUCGCCGAAUUUAAAAUGCUUGAUACAAAGAAGAAUCAGUACGUUAAUCUCACCAUUGAGCGAAACACCACAGCAACGGCAACCGUUGUUUUUUCCGAUGAAGUAAUAGAGAAAUUUCGGGAUUUUUUAUUUCUAUUUAGCUCUCUUACCAAGCUCUCUGGUGGUGUUCUCACUUCCACCACAUACAGAAUUGUUCACGAUAUCAGUAAAACAAAAACAGCAGGUGAAUUCAAGUUCUACGCAAUAUUCUCGAAUAUGGACCGUUUGGAAGGAGAAAAAAUACCGAUUCUAUGUGAAGCAAUGGGACGAAAUCCGCCUCCUAUUAAAGUGGAGAGAAAUGGAGAAAUUAUCACGGAAUCAGAUGGUGUGUCUGCUAUACAGAGCACUUCACGCAUUUGGUCAACUUCCUAUGUGACCUUCCUCCAUGCCUCAAAACAACUGGAGGGAAACUACACGUGUGUUACAGAAAAUCAAGGCAAGCGGGUGGUGUCUCCACGGUAUAUUCAAGUAGAAAUAAAACCAAGAAUUGUCUGGUCGUUGACGAAAACGCUGGUGAAUGAACAAUAUCUGAAAAGCGUACUUAUAGUAGUAGAUGGAGCGAAAGGACUUUCCUUAACCUGCAGCAAUACAUCACAAGGGAAUGUCACCUUAGCCAAUGAGAAAAGAUCUCCACUGUCUGAAUGGAAUGAGCGCGUAGAGAACGAAUAUACCUGGACAACACAGAACACAGAGACAGAAGAAUCCUACUUUGAGUACACACCAUUUGUUUCAUGUAUUGCAAAAGACAAAAAUGGUGAAAUCAAAUUUGAUCACGUUAUUUGGUAAUCAGAAUUUUGAAAAUUGAAAAUAGAUUUCUUCAAAAA